AUGAUUAUUAGAUAAGCUCAGCUAUUUCUGAGAUGGGUCCCUCAACCCAGAUACUAUCACGGAGGAUUGAAAGAUCAAGAUCGUAUCUUUACUAAUGUCUAUCGCGAUGGAGAUCCUUAUAUUCAAGGUGCCUUGAAAAGAGGUGACUGGCAUAGAACAAAGGACAUAUUGACUAUGGGUUAAGAUUGGAUUAUAGAUGAAAUCAAAAAGAGUGGUCUUAGAGGCAGAGGAGGUGCUGGAUUUCCAAGUGGUUUGAAAUACUCAUUCAUGCCAAAAGUCAAUCCAGAUGGAAGACCUUCUUACUUGGUUAUAAAUGCAGAUGAAUCUGAGCCAGGCACAUGCAAAGACAGAGAAAUCUUGAGACACGAUCCUCAUAAAUUAGUAGAAGGAGCCUUGUGUGUUGGAUUUGCAAUGAGAGCCAGAGCAGCAUACAUAUAUUGCAGAGGAGAAUUCUGGGUAGAAGCCAAUGCUUUGUAAUAAGCAGUGGAUGAAGCCUAUAAAAAGGGAUUUUUGGGUAAAAAUGCAUGCGGAAGUGGAUAUGAUUUCGAUGUUUAUGUUCACAGUGGUGCAGGUGCCUACAUUUGUGGGGAAGAAACAGGUUUGAUAGAAUCCUUAGAAGGAAAGCCAGGAAAACCAAGACUCAAGCCACCCUUCCCAGCUAAUGCAGGUUUGUGGGGUUGUCCAACUACUGUUACUAACGUAGAAACAGUCUCAGUUUGUCCAACCAUUCUUAGAAGAGGGGCUAAUUGGUUUGCAUCUUUUGGCAGACCCAACAAUAGAGGCACUAAAUUAUUCUGUAUUUCUGGUCACGUUAACAAUCCUUGCACUGUUGAAGAAGAAAUGUCCAUUCCCCUUAAAGAAUUGAUUGAAAGACAUUGUGGAGGAGUCAGAGGAGGCUGGGACAAUCUUAAAUGCAUUAUUCCUGGAGGAUCAUCAGUCCCUAUGUUACCUAAGGAGACCUGUGAGACAGUGCUUAUGGACUUUGAUGCUCUGAGAGAUGUUAGAUCAGGAUUGGGAACUGCUGCUGUCAUUGUCAUUGAUAAAUCUACUGAUAUUAUCGAUGCCAUCUUAAGAUUGAGCAAAUUCUACAAACAUGAAUCAUGUGGUCAAUGCACACCUUGCAGAGAAGGUACUUCAUGGUUGGUUGAUUUGUUGGAAAGAAUGAAAGUUGGAAAUGCUGAUUUUGCUGAAAUUGAUUAAUUAGAAGAAUUAACAUAUUAAAUUGAAGGACACACUAUUUGUGCUCUCGGAGAUGCUGCUGCUUGGCCAGUUUAAGGAUUGAUCAGAUCAUAUAGAGAAGAAAUUGAGGAAAGAAUUGAAGACUACCAUGCCAAGCAUCCAGUCAAGGCUAGACAAUUACGUAGUAAUCCUUAAUCAUCAAGCCAUUGAUAUAUACAUAAAAU